AUGACCAUCACUUUGGAUGACGUAUCGUCACUUCUCCAUGUUUCCAUCAGUGGAAACUUUUGCUCGACUGAGAAUCUUGAAUAUGAAGAUUCUGUUCAGAUUUUGACGACACUUCUUGGUGUUGACCGGGCCAUGGCAUGUGUGGAGCUGAAUCAAAGUCGGGGUGCACAGGUCCGACUGAGCUGGCUGAGGGACUUGUAUGACAACUGUUGUGAAAACGAGCAAUGGGAGUUUGCUGCACGUGCAUAUCUUUUGCAUCUUGUAGGGUGCACGAUAUUUGCUAACAAAAGCGCCACCUAUGUUCGUACACAUUAUCUGGAGCUAUUUAGAGAUCUCUCCACAUGUCGUACAUAUGGUUGGGGAGUUGCUGCUCUUGUCCACUUAUAUGAGCAGCUAGGAGAUGCCAACUUUGCAAAUACAAAGCAAUUAGCUGGAUAUCUACCUCUUCUGCAGGCUUGGAUAUACGAGCACUUCCCUACAUUGGGAAGGAAGCAAGUACGGGAUACAUAUGUGGAGACUGAACCCCGUGCUCUACGUUAUGUCACUGGACGCGCCAUUUCCGCUAUAGCUGAUGUUAGAGUCCAGUUGGAUGGCUUGACAUAUGAUGGGAUGAUUUGGAACCCAUAUGUAGCACACAGAGCUGCACGACAACUGGUAACACAUAGCAUGUUUUCUGGCUUCCUGAGGGUUGGGACCGUCGUACAACGUCAUUUGCCGGAGCUGGAAAAAGCACGAGCAGUUUGUUGUACAUCAAGUGGUCCAAGCACCAGCUCCCUUUUCAUGUUCGGAUGGAUAUUUGCAGUGGUUUAG